AUGAGGAAAGGCCCUGCCAGAACAAUGUUACCCGCCUUACUCCUUCUUCUUCUUACCCCAACUACAACUUUGGCACGCAAUGCUUCGAGCGUCGACACGUAUCAUACCACUUCGUCAUUACUCUCCAGUUCUUUAGUACCACCAGCAAAGUGCCCACCAUGCUUCAACUGCCUCCUCCCCGUCUUUACAUGUGGUCAAUACGGGUACUGUGAUCCAUACGACGGGCAAUGUAGAUGCCCCCCUGGAUGGGGCGGCAUCGAUUGUCUCAAUCCUCAAUGCGACUCGUUAGCAGACGGAGACCAGCGUCGUCUUCGAGAAGAGGGCAAGUCGUGUGAAUGUAAAGAUGGUUGGGAGGGUAUCAAUUGUAAUGUAUGCAACAACGACAACGCAUGCAUCGGUUUCCCACUCGCAGCCGGUAUAUCCCACUUAAACGACGACGAAGGCCCAGUGGCGAAUAUGACAUGCUACAAAGGCGGCGAAACGGUAUUCAACAAUCAUCAAAUGUGUGAUAUCACCAACCGUAAAAUAAUCGACAUGCUACCCGGCCGACCACCCCAAGUAACCUUCUCCUGCUCCUCCCUCGACAAAACCUGCGCCUUCCAAUUCUGGACGGCCCAAGUCGAGUCGUUCUACUGCGCCUUGGAGGAAUGUACUUCUGCGCAUGUACCGGGGUGGGAUACCAAUUCGACGGUGUAUGCGUGUGAGAGGGUUAAAUGCGCUUGUGUACCGGGACGGUUUAUUUGUGGUAAGGAUGGGAGUGUUGACAUCGGCGAUUUCCUGAAAGAAGAAAUCAAAGGCCCCGCCAAGUUGAGCUGUAAAUCGGGGACGGGGUGUAAAUUCGAGGAACCGGCCAUGAAUGAUUUGAUUGACCAGAUCUUUGGAGAUGCGUAUAUUACGUUGAGGUGUGAGGGUGGAGAGUGUUUGCAUUAUUCGCAGGUUCCUGGAUAUGUUAGACCACCCAAACCGGAUAACACCAAAUGGGUCGCAUUAAGCGCAGCUAGCGCCGGCCUCAUCGUCCUUCUCUCAUCCCUAGGCCGAACCUCCCUCAACCCCACCCCCUCCCAAAUCCGUCUCCCCGCCCACGAAUCCGCAAAACUAAUGUCCGAACACGUCCCCGCCUCAUUACACUUCACCUCCCUAUCCUACACCCUCCCCUCCUCCCACCUCAUCCUCGACUCUAUCUCCGGCUCUGCUUUGCCCGGCCAAGUCCUAGCUAUAAUGGGCGCCUCUGGGUCCGGCAAAUCUACUUUCCUUGAUAUUUUGGCGAGGAAGAAUAAGAGGGGGGUGGUGAAGGGUGAGAUUAGGGUUAAUGGACGGGAGGUGGGCGAUGAAGUUUUUAGGGGUCUUGUGGGGUUUGUGGAUCAGGAGGAUACGUUGAUGGGGACUUUGACCGUUUAUGAGAGUGUGUUGUAUAGUGCGCUCUUGAGGCUUCCGAGGGAGAUGAGUAUUGAGGCGAAGAGGUUUAGGGUUCUUGAGACGCUUGAGGAACUGGGGAUAUUGGGGAUUAGGGAUGUUAGGAUUGGGGAGAGUGGGAAGAGAGGCAUUUCGGGCGGUGAGAAGAGGCGCGUGUCGAUUGCUUGUGAGCUCGUUACGAGCCCUUCCAUCUUAUUCCUGGACGAACCUACUUCCGGUCUAGACGCAUACAACGCCCACAACGUCAUAUCCUCCCUCGUCUCCCUCGCAAGGAACUACAACCGUACAGUGGUUUUCACGAUCCACCAACCGCGUUCCAACAUCGUCGCGAUGUUUGAUAAACUUGUGUUGUUGAGCAAGGGGAAGAUGGUGUAUUCGGGGGAUUAUGUGGGGUGUCAGGAGUAUUUUGGGGGGGUUGGGAUGAGGUGUCCUGAGGGGUAUAAUUUGGCGGAUUAUUUGAAGAUGGGGUGCGUUGGUGUUGGUCUUUUGCCUGUUGCUGGCGUUUUGUGA